AUGCAAAUCCAUAAGACGUUUACUACUAACCUUCCCAUCGCCCCGACAUCCACAUACGGAGGGCAACAAUACGAGAUCCGAGUCCAUAUCGAGCAGGAACCUCGGACCGGGAACUGGUGGCUCGUCGUGAACGGAGGCAUCGCUGUCGGGUACUGGCCGAAGGAGCUGUUCGUCAACCUACGCGAGGGGGGAACGAGGGUGUCCUGGGGAGGAGAAGGGUUCUCGGGGAAAACGAAAGUUUGCCCUCCGUUGGGGAGCGGACACAUGCCCGACGGCCGGUACGAUCACGCCGCGUUUUUCCGUCAGAUCUAUUACACGACGGGGUCCGACACGAACCACACCCCUAUGGCCGUGUUCGAGCACGUCGACAAGUCGAGAGUUUACGGCCUCAAAAACGACAAGUACAUAGACAAAGAAGGGUUCGGGUAUAGCUUUACCUAUGGAGGUCCAGGGGGUACCUGUGAUUAG